AUGAAAUUUAUUUAUAAAACUAAUAAAAAUAAUAAUAACUCUACUACUUCAUUAUCUAAAAUGUUAACACUUCCUCAUAUAUUAUUACAAAAUAUAUUGUCGUCACUCGAUAAUUUAGAUAGAAUAUGCUUUGCUCUAAGUUGUAAAAAGUGGUAUCAAUCAAGAGAUAACUUCCUCUUGUUCGAUACCCACGACCAAUUCCUAAACAACUUUGAUUUCUAUCUGUUAAAUGAUCAAUUCAAGUUGAAUUCAUUUAGAAAAUCACUAUGUAAAUCAAUUUAUAUGAAUAGUGGUAAAUUCGAUUUCAAUGUUAACAAUACAAAUACAGAAAUACCGAUGUGGGCAAACUAUUUGUAUUUCUCAAAUAGCUUCAAUGAUCCAUUCCAAUUCGGUUGGAUACCGGAAUGUAUUACGACUCUCCACUUUGGUUUCUCGUUCGAUCAGUAUCUAGAACCAGGACUACUGCCUUCAUCGAUAAAGACAUUGAAAUUCGGUAAUAACUUUGAUCAGAAGAUUGUGUUUGGUGCUAUUCCCAAUUCGGUGGUAUCGCUCACCUUUGGCAAGAAGUUUAAUAACGAUAUAGAUCCUGGUGUUCUACCCAAGUCCAUCAAGAAGCUGGUGUUUGGUGAGGAUUUCGAUUGUCUGCUGAUGCCCGGCUCAAUACCAUCUUCAGUCACCAAGCUGAAAUUCGGUAAUCACUUCAACAGCCCGAUUAAAUUGGGUGUCCUACCAAACCGCUUGAAAUCACUGAUAUUCGGUUACUACUUUAACUAUCCACUUGAGUACAACGGUGUCAGUGUGCUACCGCCUACACUGCAAGAGUUGAGCAUCGGUCGAAACUAUCUGCAUUACAUCGAUCCAAAGAUAUUGCCAACCACUUUGAAUGAGUUACACUAUGUCUAUUCAAAGACUAGUAAACUACAGUCUGAUCAACCGAAUGUUGUACCUGCUGCUAAUACUACUGCUGCUGCCGAUGUUGCUAAUGUUGUUAUCCCUACAACUACAAAGUCAGCGCUACCUAAAGGUGUAACUCAUUUAAUGAUAGAUAAUACGGUUGGACCAAUCGAGCCUGGAUUUAUACCAGAGACAGUUACCAACUUACAAUUCCUACAUGACUAUCAGCAUCCGAUUAUGGAUAAGACAAUACCAUCGAGCGUGAAACGGUUGGAGAUUGGUAUCAUUCUCCAACAACUACUGAAACCCAAUCAAAUUCCAGAGGGUGUGGAAGUGAUCGAAUUCGGCAAUCUCUUCAAUCGCCAGAUAGAAUCAGAGUUGCUGCCAACCAGUGCAAAAGAUGUCAGACUUGGAUCAACGUUUCAACAUGUGUUACCAAGUGACAUCCUUGCCAACGAUCAGCUAGAAGCACUAGAGAUUUCCGGUGCCUAUAGAUAUCCUCUGCCAGCAUCCGUUAGAAACAUUCACCUUAUGAGUCGUGUCUACUACAACUUUAGAUAUGAUUCAUUCGAUUUCGAAUCACUACCGAUUGGCACCACCAUCAGAAUGGAAGUUCCAACUCUCGAACAAAUCACCAUUAGAAUCAUGUCGAAACAACACGCACUACUCUUGACUGACAAUUACUUCUUGGGUGGAUUCAUGCCAAUUUCAUCUUUGAAAACUGGUUAUUUUACAUCUUGCUAA